CGCCCUCGCGACGGUUUCCCGUGUACGGAAGGACUGCUUUCUAGUCUGGAUGCGAGCAUGGUAGCAGUUUAACAUGUACAUCAGCGGUGCCGAAGAUGCUCCCAUGGAUGGAGUCGCGCCUUCCUUCCUGCCUUUCACCGCCGACCAUGUGAGCGGUGAAACUGGAGAAGAACACGGCGCCUUGCUGGCCCCGACGGCCGGUGUCGCCGAGGUGAUGCGGGACACCGACUCCGAGACGAGCGACUCCAGCAUGAUGGCCGAUUGGACACCAGGCAACCGCAAGGGAGGCAUGGUGGUCGUGCCUUUCAGCGAGCGUGACCUCGGAUCCCGCGGCGAGGCGGCAGCCAACCGACGGAGGUCCAGCAAAGCGGGCAACGAGCUCGAAGAGAAGCCAUUUGGAAACCACGUACGACUCAGGCAGCGGCGAGUGGAACUUGGCAGUGAGCUGCAGCCCGAGCGCACGGGGCGCUCCGAGUGGUGUGUUUGCGAUUUCAGUGCGUUGCCCAAAUGGUUGCAGGACAAUGACUACCUUCUGCAGGGCCACCGGCCACCGAUGCCUUCGUUCAGGGCCUGUGUCCUCUCUGUGUUCCGUAUCCACACGGAAACGGGAAACAUCUGGUCGCACCUGCUCGGCUCCAUCGCCUUCGCCACAACCGGAGGUCUGUUCCUGUGGCGGCAUAGUUUAGCGCCGCCCGAACAGGCUGUCUUCGCCGCUUUCUUCUUCUGCGUGUUCCUCUGCUUUUUCACGUCCACUAUGUACCACACCAUGCACUGCCAUUCGGAGCACGUAGGAAAACUUUUCUCGCGCCUUGACUACUGCGGCAUAGUGAGCAUUGUGGCUGGCUGCUUUACGCCCUGGAUCCACUUUCUGUUUUGGUGCGAACCGCGGACAAAGCUCUUCUACCUUCUACUUGGCUACGUGCUUUGCGUGGUCACUAUCAACCUGACCAUGUGGGAAAAGUUCGGCCGGCCCCACUUCCGGCUCUUGCGUGCCACUGUUUUCACGGGACUCGCUUUCAGCUGCUCCGUACUUCCGGGUACGCACUUCGUGGCCGUCUACGGGCUCUACACGGCUUUCGUGGAGCUGGCAUUCGGAUGGCUGCUCGCCAUGUCCCUGGUAGCGCUCGUUGGUGUAGCGCUGUAUGCCCUGCGUGUGCCUGAACGCUAUUUUCCCGGCCGGUGCGAUAUCCUCUUCCACAGUCACCAGUUCUUCCACCUUGCAGUCAUCGUGGGAGCCUUUAUCCACCUGCGGUGUCUCUGCCUGAUGGCCCUCUACAGACUUGGCGAUACGGGAAGUCAAUGUCGCCUCUGAUCUGCUGUGAUAAAACGCCGACGACGAAGGGGUUUCCCGGCUUGCUCGGUCAAGUGACUCGCGUUCAGCCUGUUCGAGCUGAAGGGUAUGUUAGCCGCAACAAAUUCAU